AUGAAACCUACACUGAGGGCUCCUGAUCCUGAGGAAUCUGCUCAGGGGUCUCCUGAGUCUGAGGCACCUGAUCCUGAGGCACCUGCUCUGGGGGCUUCAGAUCCUGAGGAAUCUGCUGUGAGGUCUACUGAUCCGAAGGAACAUACUCUGAGGGGUCCUUAUCCUAAGGAACCUGCUCUCAGGGCUCCUGAUCAUAAGGAACUUGCUCUGAGGGCUCCUGAUCAUAAGGAACCUACUCUAAGGGCUCCUGAUCCUAAGGAACCUUCUCUGGGGGCUCCUGAUCCUAAGAAAUCUUUUCUGGGGGCUCUUAAUCCUUUGAAACUAGCUCUGGGGGCUACUUAUCCUGAGGAAUCUUCUCUGGGGGUUCCUGAUCCCAAAGAACCCGCUCUGGGGGCUCCUGAUCCUGAGGAACCUACUCUGGGGCUCCUGAUCCUGAGGAACCUGAUCUUGGGGCUCUUAAUCCUUUGA